AUGAUAGUGACUAUAAGGUAUAACAAGGCCAAAUACGAGUCAUUUGAAAAUAGGUAUAAGAAGGACAAUUCUUUUGUCCCCCCCACCUCUCUAUCCAAUAAUCAACUGAUUGAACUGAAGAGAAGAAAAACUCGUGCUAAUAUUGAUCAAACAUUUACAAGUAUAGGUCAAAUUGGCAAAAACGAAAACCACGGCUAUGAUAAAAAGCCUUUUAGUGAUCCUACACAAGAAGUUACGGGAAAUAUAACGGGACUGCAGCUGCAGGUGCUUGAAGCCCCACCUCCAUCACCACCUCGACCUAUCACACCAUCGAAAAUUGUUAAAUUCUACUAUAAUGGUGGUACCACCAGCACCAGCAAGAUCAGCCCACAUCGACUUAAUAACGACAAAACUCUAGAAAACAACAUUUUCAAUCUGGAUAUAAGCAAUGACAAUUCAAUCGCGGUACUUUUCCCCAAGACUCAACGCAAAAUUGCGCGGAUAGUAUACCCCCAUACACCAGGAGGAAGAGGAGGAGGAGGAGGAGGAGGAGGUACGACACCAGAUACAUACAACGUUCCGAGUUCGGUAAACACACCCGGGAGCAAUGUCAGCACAAACAAUUUUACUGUGACCACGGAAGAAACAACAGCGAUGGUAUCUGUGCUGUCGCCUGGCCUUUUAAAUUUAUCUGAUUCUUCGUUAUCUUCAGGAUCAUCAUCGUCGGCCCACUCACAAUCAUCAUCGUCGGCCCACUCAUCAUCACCAUCAGGUCACUCGUCGCCUAUCAAAUACCAACCACAAUCGCUGACGCCUACUUGUGAAAAAGCGAUAGACAAGAUGGAUAAGUAUAGUGAUGUUGUGAAUUACAUUGCUGAUAAUGAAGGAAAGGAUACAAUUCAGGCAUUACGAGAAGCUGAAACAGAGUGGUUAAAGAACUUGGUUGUUGUUGCUAAUCGGUUGAAUUAUUUAAAGGACUUGUAUAAGGUUGUUGAGGUUGUUAAAAAGAAGAAAUUAGGCGAAGAAACGUUGCUGGAUUAG